GGGGGCGGUUAGAGCGGGGGGUGGGUCCCCGGCCCCGCUCCGCAGCCCCUAGCGGCCGGGGCCAGCGCUAGGCAGCGGCGGCGUGGCUCGGAGGGCAGGCGGGCGGCGACAGGCUGUGCCCCACUUUGUGUCCAAUCAGAGCGCGCGGGGCGCGCGCGGAACAGGGCAGCAAUGCGUAAACAAGCCCGGGAAACUCCUCCGCCCCCCCGCGCCGCUCCCUCGCACUCCGCCCCGCCGUGCGCUCCCCCGGCUGGCUCCCGCCGCCGCCGCCGCCCCCGCCUGCUCGCUCCGCGGCGCCCUACCGUUACCUGCCGCCCGCCCGCGUCCCCCCCCCCCAAGCUCAGGGCCUCUUGAGGGAAGGAUAAGGAGCUGGUGAAAACUCCAGGUAGAAGAUAAAUUAAGGAAUCGGAAGAAACUUGAGUAUACCACAAAGAAAACAAACAAGUGUCCCGGAGCAGAAUCUAGAGUACAAGUGCUGGUAUGAAAACGCCUAGUCCAGAAAAGGAGCAGGAGUUAUGAAUGAUGGCCCUGUGAGAGGUCUGGAAUGUCCAUCAAAUGCCUGGAGAGGUGCAGUUGCACAGAGCAGCUCCUGUGAAACACAUCACCUCCAGCUGUCAAACUCACACCUCUGGCCUAAAGCACUCAGCCAGCAUCGCCUGCCCCACGAAUGGCUACCCAGAGGAAGCACUUGGUGAAAGAUUUCAAUCCUCAUAUCACCUGUUACAUCUGUAAAGGAUAUCUUAUCAAGCCAACAACAGUAACUGAAUGUCUCCAUACCUUUUGUAAGACAUGUAUUGUUCAGCACUUUGAAGACAGCAAUGACUGCCCCAGGUGUGGCAAUCAGGUGCAUGAGACCAAUCCAUUAGAAAUGUUAAGGUUGGAUAACACAUUAGAGGAAAUUAUAUUUAAGCUGGUGCCUGGACUUCGAGAACAGGAACUUCAGCGUGAGAUCGAAUUUUGGAAGAAAAACAAACCUCAAGAAAAUGGACAAGAUGAAAGUCCAAAAGCUGACAAGCCCAAAGUAGAUGAAGAGGAUGAUGAAAAUCAAGACGAUAAAGAUUAUCAUCGGAGUGACCCACAGAUUGCUAUUUGCCUUGAUUGUUUACGGAACAAUGGGCAGUCAGGGGAUAACAUAGUAAAAGGUUUAAUGAAAAAAUUCAUCCGCUGUUCUACACGAGUGACUGUGGGAACCAUCAAAAAGUUUCUCAGUUUAAAAUUAAAGCUUCCAAGUUCUUAUGAGCUGGAUGUACUAUGCAAUGGUGAAAUCAUGGGGAAGGAUCAUACUAUGGAAUUCAUCUAUAUGACAAGAUGGAGACUAAGAGGCGAAAAUUUUCGGUGUCAGAACUGCUCAUCUUCGCAAGUCUGCUCACAGGAUGGCACUUUUUAUCAGAUUUCCACAUCUACAAGCCCACAACAAUUGCGAUCACUCCAGUUUCUGACCCUUUUUCUACCAUAGUGAGAAAAAUUCAUUAGCUUCUUGCAUAAAUCUUGAAUGCAAUAGUUAUUCUUUUUUUGGUCUCUGAGAUUCAUCUGUGGUAUUUGAAGAAUGAAAAAAGAAUGCAAUAUUUUUGUUGCUAACGAUAAUUUUGUAAAACCUCUCAGUAACUCCACCCACACAAUUAAAGAAGUCUGUACCUCAACUGUUGUCCCUUCUGCUAGUGAAGUCAGAGGCUAUUUGAACCCCAUGUUACUGCUGACAUAAUAGACCAUUCCUGAUUUUGUGUUAGAGAAGCUUCAACACUGAAGUAAAGUUAUGUGAAGAAAGCAUCAGACUUAGACUGAAAAAAUAUACAUUAUAUAAAUGAAACGUUCAGCAGCAAGUGACCACAAGAGCCACCUUCCUUCCCUAAUCAUAGUGCUCCUCAAUUUAUGUAUCCAAAUGGAUGUGUUGCAUUUUUGUGAAUGCAAGAUUGAGAGCUACUGAAAAUGCAGUCCUGAAUGAAUAUGAAGAUAAGGGAAAUAUUUUCCGGAGAUUUCAGUCCUCCUCUCUCAUGAAAUCAAGCGACUCUGGUUGACUUGAUUUUCAAAAGAAUUGAGUAACUGCAGCUUACAUUGGUUAGUACUGGUUAUAAUGGGAGCUGUUGGCUCUCUGUACUUUUGAAAUAUCAGGCCAAGUAUGUCAUCUUAGAAUUGAUUUGAUCAAUAUGGGAUAAAAACAUCUUAUGAAUGUUUUUGUCAAAUCUAACAGCACAGGAAUACCUGAAUUAUUUCUAUGAUCACACAAGUGUGUUUCCAGUAUGUCAUACAUACAAUUUAAGUUAUAUAGCAUGUGUAUUGUGUAUGGAUGAUAUAAUUAUAAUCUGACUCCUGAACUCACCGUGAAAAAGAGACUUUUCAUUAUAUUUUUGAAAGCUGGUUGUGUAUGUAAAUUUUAUUGAAAUGUAUAAAACCACAUUAGUCUAAUGUUCA